AUGAUUUUAUUUCCAAACGUCGCCACGGAAGGGCAGACUCGCGGCAGCUCCUGCUAUCUCAGCCUCUUCCGACGGCUGGAGCUUCCAGGCCAGCCCUUCCCCCGCUCCGACGGCGGCGAGGAAACGGCUGGAGAGGGCUGGAAGGCAGCCGCCCCCUCCCGACAGCGGGCUGCUCAGGCCCGCGGGCGUUGCCGGCCCCCAGCCCCAGCCCGGCUCCUCGCUGAGGGAGCGCCGCGGCGUCCGCGCCACGCUCGGCUCCGGCCGGGCCCGGCAGCACAGAGGCGGGGGCCGAGGCGGGCUGCUCCGCAGGCGGGUGACGCCGCAAGGGACCCCCGGCCCGCCUCAUCAGACAGCCCCGGCCCGCCGCACCCCGCACCGCCCCCCAGCUCCACACCAGGCAGGCGGUCGCUAGAGCCCCCGGCCCAGCCUCACCUGGCUGCUGCGGGAAAAGGUCCUAGUCCGAGAGCGGCGGGAAGCGGCGGCGCCGGCACUUCCGGAGAGGGAGCGAGCGGCCGCCGCCCGCCGGCGCAGAGGAAGGAAGGCGUGGGCGAGACCAUCCGCGCGGAGCGGCGGAGGGGUGCCGGCGGGGCUCCUCGAUUCGGCGGCAAGGUGCCACGGGCCGUGCCAAGGACAAGCCCCGGCAGUGGCCGUGGGCUGCGCGGGUCCUCUCGGGGGUCUCGACCGUCUCCAGGAGGACGAGGUCCGGGCGCCGGGCUCGGCCUCUGUCCCGCCCGCCUCCCCCCGGCGCAGCGCAGCGGUGGUGCAGCGCGGUACGGUCACCGCAUUCCAGGAGCGGGAGGCGGAGGCAGCGCCACGUCUGCCCUUGUAAGGCAACGGCGGGAGUUUCCUGCCCGCGCGGGGCGGGGCCUUAUCCCCUCGCCCCGCCCCGCGGUGGGUGUGGCCACAGGGCGGUCGCCGUUCCGGCGGGGCGGGGUCCGCGGUGUCACCUCCCCGCCCUGGGGCCGCCGUGCUGGGCUGCCGUCGGUCCCUCCUGCUGUCCGUCACCGCACUCCCGUUCCCAGGCGUCCGUACUGCUGGUUAGGGUUGCAGCUGCCUCACAACGCACCACCGGCCUCAGCUGUUCUCGUUUUCUGA